AUGGUGGAAGUGAACAUUCACGAUAUCUGGCGUGGCAACCUGGACGAGGAGUUUGCAAAGAUCCGGGCCCUUGUGAAGGACUACCCCUACGUGGCGAUGGACACAGAGUUCCCGGGCGUCGUGGCGACACCGAUGGGCCAGUUCCGCUCGAAAGAAGAUUUCAACUACCAGCAGGUCUCGUGCAACGUCAACAUGCUCAAGUUGAUCCAGGUUGGCUUCGCACUCGUCAAUGAUAAAGGAGAGCUCCCGCCCGGCGGAGAUGUGUGGCAGUUCAAUUUUACGUUUAACCUCGACAGCGAUAUGUACAGCGUCGAGAGUGUGGAAAUGCUGCGCGCCGCCGGCAUCGACUUCGCCAAGCUCAAGACCGACGGCAUUGGAAUGGAAGAGUUUGGCGACCUGCUGACCACGUCCGGCCUUAUCACAGACGAGCGAAUCACUUGGAUCACGUUCUCCAGCGGCUACGAUUUUGGAUAUUUGACGCGCGCUAUUCUGAAUGUAGAGCUUCCGAAAGACGAAUCCAGCUUUUUCUCCUUCCAUCGCAUCCUCUUCCCUAAAUGCUUCGAUGUAAAACUAUUGAUCAGACUGCCCAUUUGCCAGAGCGCCAAGCUGAAGGGAGGACUUCAGGAGGUUGCCGAUCAGCUGGACGUGAAGCGCUACGGCGCCCGGCAUCAGGCCGGCUCAGAUGCCCUGCUCACCGCCAAAACUUUCUUCAAGAUCAAGCAGCAAUUCUUCGAUGGAGACUCCUGGAACCACGUCUCGAAGAUUGUCUGCGGCCAUCUGACCGGCCUCGGCGAGUCGCGCACCGUCGGAGGCUUCCCCUCAAGCAGCCAGAACCUCAUGAUACAUCUUCUCGCCGAUCUUCCAACCCCGGAAGCGACCAAA